GACAACAGGCUUCGAGGACCCAAAACAACAGUCAGCUGCAAACUAUCCAGAUAGACAUCAAAAUAUCUCUCCAACGUGCAACAGAAAAACUGAAAAUCCCUUUACUUUUACUGUAGAAGAGAAUUUUUAUUUGUACACCUGUCAUUUACGCUGCUCGUUUAUUAACUUUUAGCAGUCAUGGCAGCUUCUAGUGCGACAAAUGUGCUUGCGAAGGGCAAAUCUGUACCGAAAAAAAAGAAAACUAAAGUGAAAUUGUUUAAAAAAAAAUCAAAUCGGUUUUUAGUUGAACAAAAUGAACGCAUAAAAAAACUCCAGGAAUUGUAUGCUGCAAUUGAUUCGUCUAAAGUGAAGGAGUUUAAGGACUUUCCACUCUCGCCAGAGACUCAGCGUGGCUUGAAUGAAAAUGGUUUUCUUACGCCGACAGAAAUUCAACGUGAAAGUAUUGGGCUUGCGCUGAAUGGUCGGGACAUUUUAGGGGCCGCAAAGACAGGCAGUGGAAAAACCCUUGCAUUUCUGAUACCGAUGCUGGAGCACUUGUACCGCAGGCAGUGGACGAGCAUGGAUGGUCUCGGAGCACUCAUCAUAACCCCCGUCAGGGAACUGGCCUACCAGAUCUUCGAGAUGUUGAGGAAGAUCGGUGCCUACCACGACUUCUCCGUUGGCCUCAUCAUAGGUGGAAAGGAUUUGAAGCAUGAAACGAAACGAAUGGAUCAGUGUAACAUUAUGAUCUGCACUCCGGGACGCCUACUGCAUCACAUGGAUGAGAACCCGUUGUUCAACUGCACCAGCAUGGAGAUACUGGUGCUGGACGAGGCUGACCAGUGUCUGGACAUGGGCUUCGAAGCCACCAUGAACAACAUCAUAGAGAACUUGCCUCCCGAACGCCAGACCCUCCUGUUCUCUGCAACCCAGACGAGGUCGGUGCGCGACCUGGCCAGGCUCAGCCUGAGGGACCCCGCCUACGUGUCCGUGCACGAGCACUCGGCACACAGCACGCCCGAGACCCUGGAGCAGAGCUACGUGGUGUGUGCGCUGGAGGAGAAGGUGUCCGUGCUGUGGUCCUUCCUGAAGAACCACCGCAGCCAGAAGAUACUGGUCUUCAUGGCCAGCUGCAAGCAGGUGAAGUUCCUGUUCGAGAUGUUCUGCCGCCUGCGUCCCGGCACGACGCUGCUGGCGCUCUAUGGCACGCUGCACCAGCUGCGCCGGAUGAGCAUCUACAACUCCUUCUGCAGCAAGUCUCGCGUGGUGCUCUUCGCCACGGACAUAGCUGCCCGAGGUCUCGACUUCCCGAGCGUGGACUGGGUGGUGCAGCUGGACUGCCCCGUGGACGCCACGAUGUACAUCCACCGCGUGGGCCGCACGGCGCGGUACACGCGCAGCGGGCAGGCGCUGCUGGUGCUGCUGCCUGGCGAGGAGGAGGGCAUGCUGGCCGAGCUGCGAGCCCGCAGGAUCCCCGUCAGCCAGAUCAGGAUCAACCCAAACAGGCUGGUGAACCCUGUGCGGAAGAUGGAGGCGUUCCUGGCGCGGGAUCCCAACCUGAAGGCAUCGGCGCAGAGGGCGUUCGUGUCCUAUGCCAAGUCUGUGUUCCUCAUGGGGAACAAGCAAGUGUUCAACGUGCAUGCCCUGAAUACAGAUGCGUAUGCCAAGUCGCUGGGUCUGGUGGUGCCCCCGAGGAUACGCUUCCUGCAGAGCCUGGAGAAGCAGAAGCAGCAGCAGCAGCAGAGGAAACACAGCAGUGCUGCCGAGAGAGCCGUCGCCGGUGACGAGUCGGAGAGCUCAGGCGAGCAGAUAGCAGAGGCGCCCGACGUGAAGAAGAAGGCACUGGAGGACGGCGACUUGUUUACAGCAGCCGCGGACAGCGACAGUGACGCAGACGUGUUGUGCGUCAAGAGGACAGACCAUGAGCUGGAGGAAGCUGUCGACUCGGCAGAACCCGAGCCACCAGCCACAGGCAAGAAGAAAGCCAAGCCCCUCACUAAAGUCGCUGUUGCAAAGAAGAUUCUCAGAAAGAAAAUCCUGCCUAAUCGUCGGAUUGAGUUUAAUGAGGAAGGAAAGGCGGUGGCGAGGCAGGGCAAGGAGAAGGCGUCUCAGCUGGCGAGGGAGUAUGAGCUGGAGGAAGCCUCGGGCAUCGACGUGGCCCGGGCCAAGGAGGUUCUUCAGGAGGAAGACAAGUUCGACAAGCAGCUGUUCCGCGAGAAGGUGAAGGAGCGGCACAGAGCCCAGAGGCUGAAGGCGAAGGCGCUGAAGAAGGGUGGGAAGAGAGAGGCGGAGGAAGAGGCGGAGGAAGACGACGGAGACUCCGGCUCCGACGGGGGGCCUGACCUCUCGUGGCUGCCCGACCCGGACAAGCUGUACGGAGACCAACACGAGGUGUCGUCACAAGAAGAAAGCAGUGGAAAAAUUCCUACCAAGCGGAAGUCAUCUGUCAGCAAGAAUCAAAGACCUAAGAAGAAGUUAAAAGAGGAUAUAAAUAGGAAAGAAACUAACUCGUUUGCUGAUCAGGAAGAAUUAGCUCUUCAACUUUUAAAAUACAGUUGAUUGGAUUAUGUUUUUUGUACGAAUGAUGAUUAUUUUUUUUGUAAAUAUAGUAUUUAAAUCAUAA